UUCGAAACUUCACCGUGUAUAUUUCGCCGCCUUCCCAAAGACCUCAUACGCCUCUCUUCGCGAGUCAAUCGGGUGGCCCUUUUCUGCGAAGUUCAUGGCAGCUCGGAAGUGACACGUAAGCAACGGAUUCUGUAUCGUCGCCCACUCUACCCACAAGCACCGGGUCAACAAAACUUCGCAAACCAACCACCCUUCUACCACCCCGGCCGGUCCACCGCCCUCCUCCGCGCGUACCUUCACACCCGCUGGAGAACCCUCUCCCUCUUUUCUCCAGAGCUCCAUCGGCGCCAUGGGCGGCAACAUCAAAAGUCCGAACUUCGGAAGACCAAGCUUGGGACCGAAACCUCGCGCUGGAAGGGCAAGCGCUGCGCCCUUGGGUAGCUCGAUUCGCGGCACAAUCCAGCCCCGCGAACGCUCCGGAUUAAGCAAACAUUCAUAUUCAGUUUUGGAUGGUCUCGACGACAGCGAUGAGGAGGACGACUUUGAGCCUCCGGCCAAACGUACUGGGACUUACGGUAUCAACUAUGAUGAUGACAGCGAUGAGGAUGAGGAGGACGAAAGCGACGAUGCAGAUGCGAAUGGACAGCUAGACGAUGGUGAUGACGAUGAUGAGGCAGAGGAGGAGGCCGACGAGGAGAAAGAGCAGGAAGAGCAAGAAGAGCAAGAAGACGUUGAAGACAUGGCCGAAGACGAUGUCGAUUAUGACAUAGAGGAGGAUCUAUUGAGGGAGAUCGUCGAAGCUGACCAGAAUGGUGACAAUCUGGGCAGUGACGAUAUGGACCUGAUGAUGUCAGCACCAGGAGUGACUGAACAAAUGCGAAGGGAAGCCGAUGACAUUUUUCGCGCGUCGUCGAUGCGCUCUAUGUUUGGCCAGCGAAAGGAGUACAAAUAUGCAUCUGUCGCCAAGGAUCUCUACAGUCAGCUGAGAUACGCAGAAAUCUCCGAGCCCGAAACCGUCAUCAUCCCCACAGAGGAAAUUGUCCAUCGUCUUUACGAUGAUGGUGUUGGUGCCGAAGAUGACGAGGAAAGACUGGACGAUACUCUAGCGAUUGCCGCUGAUCGCCUCGUCACCUCUGUAUGGAAGCCGUACUCGGAUUCUCUACCCAAGGGUAACAGAGAGCAUGAGGCAAAGGUUGGGCCUGGUCCGAAUGCUCCUUUGUUUGAGAAGGCUUCGUGGAUAGCUACUCUGGCUUUCCGGAUACACCACACUCUACCUCUAAAGGAUCAGUUUGGCGGCUCUCGAACGGUCCCGUUGCCCCUAGUCCUCUUCAAAUGGCAAGAGGACUACCAUGAUCCCAGUAGUGCCCAGAUCGCCGGCAUUCGAUAUCACCGUCCGUGUCCUGCGGCCCACUCAUUGUUCUGGCAAGGUGUAUACACAUCGGUCAUUCGCGGCAACAUUCACAGCGCUGUGGCCUUGCUACGAAGAGCAGAGUGGGACAAGGUGAAGAAAGGGCCCCGUGGCGAGCUUGCGUACAGUGGAAGCGCUUUGGUCAAUAUCAAUCGCGUAGUUGAGGAUAUUUGCCAAGUCAUGGAUCACUGCCCGGGCAUCAACGAUACCAACUGGGAUAUUCGCAGCAGUGACUGGACCCUGUUUCGACUGAAGGCAAAGGCGGCCAAGGAGGGUCUCAUCAACUUCGCUGAGGGCAAGGACCGUCCUCACCGGCCAUCCAAUCGCUUCAACGACUCGGAACUUGGCAAUUCUCAGCACUCUCUCACUGGGCUUGCACGGAAGGCCGAAAGCCGGCUACCCUGGGACGUAUACGAGUCUCUUCAAUCACUUUACUCGAUCCUGAUCGGCGAAGCUGAAGCCAUUACCGCCGCUGCACAAGACUGGUGUGAAGCAACGAUCGGAUUAUUGGGGUGGUGGGAUGAUGGUCACAAUAGCCGCAACCCUGGUCUGUCACGGUCACAAUCUGUUGGCCAUCAAUCAUCAGGAGAUUACGACUGGCUCGACCGGCUCGCCUUGUCUUUCCACGAGACUACGGAGUCCGACUUCCACUUCAACUCUAUGGACCCGGUCGAGGUGUGUAUCGCAUGCAUAUUCGAAAGCAAUGUCGAAAGUGUCAUUGGGUUCUUAAGAGCAUGGUCUCUCCCAGUGGCGUCGACCUUUGCCGAGAUUGCAUCUCUUGGCCGAUGGCUACCUCCCCCUGAACCCCCAAAUCUUAUUUCCAUGGAAAGCCUCGACGUAGAGGACUUGGAACUCUUGGGCAUGAAUCAGAGCAAGGGAUCUGACGAUAAAGACGGCAUCAAAGACACAACUUUGAUGCAGUAUGCGCGAGCUCUAAACAACAUCGAGCAGCUUUCAGGCACAGCUUCCAGGAAGGGCGGAGUCGUGGCUAGAAUCACCCGAGAUGGCUGGGAGAUGGCCGUUCAGGUUGUUGGGCGAAUGGAUUCGCCCGAGCGCUCGGAGGAGAUGGUCAAUGAGUUGUUGCUCCACAUUCUCGACAAAAUUCAACCCGAUAGCCACGCAACUGUGGACAAGAUCUGGGCCUUGUUGAAUCAUCUUGGGAUGAUCAACUUAGCCGAGGACACAGCUGAGAAAUUUGGCGACAUCUUGAAGGAAAACACGUAUCGCUUUGGUGAAAUGUUGUGGUAUUACGCCUUGGCUCAUCGCCCAGGAAAGGUUCGAGAUGUGCUUAACGGGCUCAUGUCUUUCUCUCUGGCCGAGUCAACCAUAUAUCCACCAGAAGGCGAGAUGGACGACCAACUCAAGAAGUUACUGCGCGAACGAAGUGCAACCCUGGAGCAAUUUGCAAAGCAAGACUACGAAGCAGCCGAACUUCUCGGCAAGAUGCUUAGUGGCUACUUUACACUGCGAAAGUUCUACGAACUACGCGACGGAGACUGCAAAAUUAACCCCCGGUCGAUCACACGCCGUCAACAAGCUGCGACGGCUUUGACCUUUGUCAUUGCGAGUGCCGAUGAGAACAUUAGAGGUGGUCUAUACGAUGACUCUUGUGACGCUGUUGUCAGCGAGGACUUCAUUCUCGCGUUGCUCGGUGAAGCAACUGUCUUCAUCAACCAGUCUCCGACUAUCAUCUCCUUGGAGCAGAUCGACAUCCUGCUAAAAGCAAUUGAGGACAUUCAGACAGUAGGCUCGAGAGUUUACGAGGCAGCAGAUGCAUUCUUCAAGAUUGUUCUGUCCUCAGGACAUGGCAAGGGCUCAACUCCCGCGGAUCUCAUGAAGAGAUCGACGUCGUCACUUGGCGGCAGCUUCAUGAUGACGGGUAGCUCCAUGAUGGCGUCACAGCUGCACAAGUCCAUCAGGGAGAGCGGCGUGCUAAAGGGCCCCAUCUGGAGGACAUGGGAUUGGAGGAAGAACGUGUUGGCUACGAGCAGCUCCGGCGAGGUGCUCAAGAAGCUCCGACUUGGCCUGACGAAAGACUUGGCUGAUUUGUGGCUGGAGCAGGCGGAUAGCGUAAUUUUGUAAGGGCACCGGCUUAAUUGCACAUACAAGACAGGUGAAUAUUAAGUAGACAAGUGAGUGGCAAGGGCAUUGGUCGGCGUUGAGGAUGAUUGAUAAAAAUGUACGGGUUUCUGUAAUACCAUUGACACAGCAGAGGAAGCAAAACAGAUAGACAAAUCAUAAUCCUAAGGGGCAAUGACAUAUCUUGCAUAUCAC